CGUUGGAGCGGGCGGGCCGCCGCCAGAGUCUCUGCGGCCGCCGUGUGACGUGGCACAGCCGAACACUUAACGCCGAGCCGGAGCUGCCGCGCCAGUCGCCGAGCAGGUCCCCGUCCGGUUCCGUCGUGUCCUGCAGCCUCGCCGACGCGCCGGCCAGCCAGCGGCCCUCCUUCAGCCCUCGCUCCUCCGCCCGUUUGUGGUGAGCCGGACCUAGGAGGCCCGAGGACGCCCCCGACCCCGUGUGUCCGACACCAUUGCCAGUACUGCCAUGGGCCUCACCAUCUCCUCUCUGUUCUCCCGCCUCUUCGGCAAGAAGCAGAUGCGCAUUUUGAUGGUUGGAUUGGAUGCUGCUGGCAAGACGACAAUUCUGUAUAAACUGAAAUUAGGGGAGAUAGUUACAACCAUUCCUACCAUUGGUUUUAAUGUGGAAACAGUAGAGUAUAAAAACAUUUGCUUCACAGUAUGGGAUGUUGGUGGUCAAGAUAAAAUUAGGCCUCUCUGGAGGCAUUAUUUCCAGAAUACCCAGGGUCUUAUUUUUGUGGUGGAUAGUAAUGAUCGUGAAAGAAUUCAGGAAGGAGCAGAUGUACUGCAGAAAAUGCUUCUGGAGGAUGAGCUGCAAGAUGCAGUGCUGCUGCUUUUUGCCAACAAACAGGAUUUGCCAAAUGCCAUGGCCAUCAGUGAAAUGGCAGAUAAGUUAGGACUUCAGUCGCUUCGUAACAGAACAUGGUAUGUCCAAGCCACUUGUGCUACACAAGGAACUGGUCUGUAUGAGGGACUCGAUUGGCUGUCAAAUGAACUUUCAAAACGUUAAACGAAACUGGAUAUCUAACCAAGGACAUGUUUGAUAGAAUUGGUCUAUAGGCUUAUUACAACAAAAUUAGUUUGCAUCUUGGUUAUUAAAUGAUAUCUGGGACUAAGGUUUGGGCAGACUAUUACAGCGUUUAAAACUUAUUUUGUUGCCAAUUAUUGUUUACCAAGCAUGUUGCUAUUUAGCAAUAUGCUUGGUUUUAAAAGAAUUUCUUGGGGAAAAAGUAUCCAUUAAUUUUACUUCCCUUAAGUCUAAAUGCCUGGACAUAGAUAUUGUGACACCUUUAAAUGAAUCCAUUUUGAGUGUUUUUUGAGCCCACACCAGUAAUGUUUUAAAGUUAUUCCCUUGCUACUUAAUGAUACUUUUAUCAUUCCUAGGACAGUCUGCUGAUUUUAAAAUGUAGCAUUCCAUUUGUAUUUAUUUCUACCCCUUGCCAAAAAAGAUUUUUCUAAUACUACUUGUACCAGCCAGGGACAUACUCCAAAACACUAUUCAGUCUUCUUGCCAUUUUUCUUCCAUUAUUGACUCCCGAUUUCCAUCAGCUAAACGUAAUAAUGUGGUUUGGAGUUGAUAGCCAAUUCUCUGCUGGUUGCAAAGAGUUCCUAUUGAGAUGAUUUUUAAUGCUCAGCAGAUUGUCUUCCUUUAUAUUGUUACCUUUUUUAUGUUGCAUGUUGCUUUUGGAAUCAACCUGACUCUUUUGCCCAGUAUAUGAUAGUUCUGCUGAUAUCUUACUGUUUAUUGGUGAACAUAUCUUCCUUAAGAGUUUUUUUGAAAACGCCUCAAAUUCAGUGAAUUAAGUUUUCUUCAUAACCCAUUUGGAAUUAUUCCUAAUAAAAUGAUAAAAUACGUAA